UCUUUUUCGGUUAAGCGUUUCUGGUGUCUGCACCAGGCACCUGCAUGAACUUGCACUCCCCCUACCCCAAAAUCCCGAAACAGAAACUCAGCCAGAAUCAGAAACCCCAAUCUCAACAUUACUACGGCACCGCUAUAAAUACUCGAAACUUCUCUCUCACAGCAGAAACCAACCAUUUGUAAGAGCCGGUUGUUUCGAAAUGUUCAAGUCGAAGCUGCAGGAGCUGUGCCAGAAGAAGGCGUGGCCGUUACCGGAGUACAGCAGCAAGAAGGAGGGCCUCGAUCACGACCCUCGUUUCUCAGCCACCGUCAAAAUCAACGGCCUUGAAUUCAACACUGUCGACCCCUUCAGAUCCUCCAAGUUGGCCCAAAACGACGUCGCUAGGCUCGCCUUCGAUCACUUCUCUGCCCCCGCUACCCGCCCCAUUCCUUUCGAUUUCCCUCAGCCGAGUCUUGUCGCUGUCACUCCCUCAGGACUUCCCACAGGACUGGGCACUGAUCGGAGUUUUACAAACACACCACUGCAAUUGCAAAAAACUCAAGAAACACAUCAAGCUCCUCAGGUCAGUGUUAAUGCAACAGAUGGUGGUUCUCAAAUCAGUGGUAAUGCAACAGUUGAUGGUUCUCAAGUCAGUGGUAAUGCAACAGUUGCUGGUUUUAAGGUCAGUGGUAAUGCAACAGUUGAUGGUUCUCAAGUCAGUGAUAAUGCAACAGUUGCUGGUUUUAAGGUCAGUGGUAAUGCAACAGUUUCCGGUUCUCAGGUCAGUGCAACAGGUUCCAGUUCUCAGAUCAGUGGCAGAGCAUUAGGUGUUGAAGGUGAUAAGAGAUCUAAAGAUAUACAACAUUUGCAUAAGAACCAGCUGCAGUGUUAUGCUCAAAAGAGGAAUCUCAUUUUACCUGUCUACUCUUGUGAGCGGGAAGGUCCUCCUCAUGCCGCUCGUUUCAAAUGUACAGUAACAAUUGAUGGAAAAACUUAUCAGGGUCAAGAAUUUCUUCCCACUGUGAAGGAUGCUGAACAUGCAGCUGCGGAAGUUGCUUUGAUCUCCCUGUUGCCAAAUGGAGUCAAAGAAGAUGAUUCCGGUUUGUACAAGAACCUUUUACAAGAACUAAUUCAAAAAGAAGGUCAACAUGUACCACUCUAUAGCACAAGGACAUCUGGUGAACCUCACAUGCUUACUUUUGUUUCAACUGUGGAGAUUGGAGGAGAAUCUUUUACCGGUCAAGUAGCAAGAAGCAAGAAGCUGGCAGAAGUGAGUGCAGCAAAGGUUGCCUAUAAUACUUUGAGAGAUCGUAAGUCAAGUCAGAUCCCAUUGUUUCUGACCCAGGCUUCACAAGGGCAAGAAGGAUUACAGUUCUUAUCUUCGAAUGCUCCAUCAUACAUGGCUCCUGAUCUACAACAACAAGUGAGACCUAACGCUCCCAAGAUUUCAAUUCCAAAUUCAGUUACCCCACAAGAAAAGGAGAUCAGCGUGGCUGCUGUGGGAACCAGUCAUCAGUCUACAACUGUAUCUUCAGGAGUUGAUAAUCGUACAGUAGGUGGAGGAUUCACUUCAUCUGGCACUGUACCUGGCCGUGUACUGAAGACUUCACGUUCUGCUUCCCCUGCAUCCCAAAGUGGAUCCUCUUCGACUUCGACUUAUUUCUGUACUUCAAAUAUGGACUCUACUCUUCAGCCACCAGCGAAAAGAACUACAUCAUACUCUAACAUGGUUGCUGUACAUCCACGGAUGUUGAAUAUGACACUCCCAGAAGACUGCGUUGUGUUGUCCCUUAGUGAUGAAACUUGGGUUGCUGUAUCGCCCAUGAAGACAGAAGGUAUAACAAAUCAGUGAAAUCACUCAUAAUGUGGUGGUUUGCCAUAGAUGGUUUCUUUGUUGUAAAAUAGCAGUUGCCUUUCUGUAUAUUGAUGUACUUUGCUUGAACCUCUUGCUUGGAUUAUAUAGUGCUGGAAAACCAUUAUCAUGAA